AGCAUGAAAUCACAUGAUCACUCACCCAGUUGAUCAUGUGACCAAUCCAUUUUUGUAACAACCGCGGAGCAGCAACGUGAAACUACAGAUGAUUUGAUUUAUCUCGCUUCUAUAACACGGAUUAGCUGGUUUCUCUGAACUCCAGAGGAGGCGAGCGUCAAUUAUGAGAAUGUUGAAGGAGACGCUGUGUGUCCUUCUCCUGUGGGCUUCUCUGGAGGCAACACAGUCAAGGGGCUGCUCGAGUUUCUUCUGCCGGAAAUCUCACCGUGUCAGCAUGCUCUCCAGAGGAGCCGACCCUGGCAAGCCGCUCUUUCUCACCCCCUACCUGGAAAAGGGCAACAUCGAAGAGGCACGGAAGCAGAGUCUGGUAGGUCCCCUGCCUGGUGCCAAUGUGAAGAGUUAUGCCGGCUACCUCACUGUCAACAAGAAAUACAACAGCAACCUCUACUUCUGGUUCUUCCCUGCUCAGGAGUGGCCUGAGAUUGCUCCAGUCCUGCUGUGGCUGCAGGGGGGUCCUGGGGGCACGUCUAUGUUUGGGCUGUUUGUAGAACAUGGACCCUACGUUGUAUUGAAGAACCUAACAGUGGGCUACAGAGACUAUCCCUGGACAUCCAGAUACUCUGUUCUGUACAUCGACAAUCCAGUAGGAACAGGGUUCAGUUUCACUGAUGAUGACCGAGGCUUUGCUCAGAACCAGGAUGAUGUAGGUAGAGAUCUGUACAGUGCAUUGACUCAGUUCUUCCAGAUCUUCCCUGAGUAUCAGUCCAAUGACUUCUAUGCUACAGGAGAGUCCUAUGCAGGAAAGUAUGUCCCAGCCAUUGGUUACUACAUCCAUAAGCAUAACCCCAUUGCUAAGGUGAAGAUCAACUUCAAGGGAGUUGCCAUUGGAGACGGCCUCUGUGACCCAGAGCUGAUGCUGGGAGGGUAUGGUGACUUCCUGUACCAGACAGGUCUGAUAGACAUGCUCCAGAAGCAGUAUGUUGAGCAGCAGACAGCCAGCGGGGUGCAGCUCAUCCAGCAGGAGAAAUGGGUGGAGGCCUUUGAGGUAUUUGACAGCUUGCUGAAUGGUGACAUUCUACCGUACCCCUCGUUCUUCCAGAACGCCACUGGCUGCACCAACUACUUCAAUUACUUGCAGUGUCAGGAGCCUGCAGAUCAGGAGUAUUUCUCCCAGUUUGUGACGCUGGCAGAGGUGCGGCGCUCCAUCCACGUGGGGAACCUGACGUUCCACGACGGCUCGGAGGUGGAGAAACACCUGCUGCAGGACGUCAUGAAGAGCAUCAAACCCUGGCUCGCCACGCUCAUGGACAACUACAGGGUGUUGAUUUACAGUGGUCAGCUGGAUGUGAUUGUGGCGGCCCCCCUGACCGAGAGGUUCCUGCCCACGGUGAACUGGACCGGGGCUGAUGAGUUCAGCAAAGCCUCUCGCUUCCAUUGGAAGAUCCAGCCAGAGGACACAGAGGUGGCUGGAUAUGUACGCCAAGUAGGGGAAUUCUACCAGGUGAUUAUACGAGGAGGAGGGCACAUACUACCAUACGACCAACCACAGAGGUCCUUUGAUAUGAUUGACAGAUUCCUCUCAACACAGGGAUUUAUUUAAGUGGGCGGGACUGAGCAGGAACACAGUUGAUCUGAGUUCCUCCACCUUUUAAUUCGGAGUGUCUCCAGAUUCCCAGUGGCUGUUUAUUUCAAACACAAUUAUAAAUGGUAGAGGUCUAUGACCUAGAAAAGAAUACAUGUCAUGGAUAGAGACGCCUGGACAGCUAUGCUGCCUUCAUCAGACUUUAAUGACCUCCUAAAUCCUACUUUACCCCUCAGAUUCUGACUGCACUCUGAUGCACUGCCAAUGAAUCCUCAUGUUUGCUAUUCUGUGGAUCUGUCAAAAUGAAUAUUUUUUUUUGACUGUGGGGAAUAAUGAUUUAUAUUGCACAUGAUUAAGAUGAAGAGAUGGCAAUGCAAUUGUAAUAAAAAAAUAAAUGAAACCAACAUGGGUCCGUCAAACAAGUUCAAUGGAUGAACACCAGAGGGCGCUGGUGUUUGAAAUACUGUAAAUGCCCGGUGGUGUUGUCCCUGGUAAAUGCAACAAAGUUACUGAAUAGUUUCUCUUAUACAACUUUGGUACAAGUUCCAUUAUCCAACUUCAGAUAAUGACCAAGACCUUUUUAUUCUAUCUGUCAGAUGAUUCAGUCAUACUCGACCAUCCUGUUUAAUAAAAAAACAAUUCAACUAUGAA